ACCGGAGACCAUGUACGUCUAAACUCUCACAAGAUGGAUACUCAAAAUUUGUUUAGCGUUAAGAACAAGGUUGUUCUAGUGACGGGCGGUUCUCGUGGAAUCGGUGAAAUGAUCGCCACGGGUUUUGUUUCAUCAGGAGCCACUGUUUAUAUCAGUGCUCGUUCAAAGAAAGUUUGUGACGAGGUUGCCAAGGAGCUUACUGCCAAAGGACCUGGAAAAUGCUAUUCAAUUCCUGCCGACCUGCAAAGUUUGGAUGAAAUUAAGCACCUAGUUGCUGAAAUUUCCAAAAAGGAGCAACAUCUUGACGUCCUUGUCAACAACGCCGGAGCAAACUGGGCUGCUCCUGUCGAUGAUUAUCCCGAAGACGCCUUUGAGAAAGUAAUGAACUUGAAUUUGAAGCGCAUUUUCAGCUUGACACAAGCGUGCCUUCCAUUGCUUUUGGCUAAAUCAACUGCCGAGAAUCCCUCUCGUGUGAUCAACAUUGGUUCUAUCAACGGCAUCGACGUACCUGGCCUUGAAACCUACGCCUACUCUAGCUCUAAGGCAGCUUUGCAUCAAUUAACUCGCCAUCUUGCUGGCAAGCUUGGUGACCGCCACAUCCUUGUCAAUGCCAUUGCACCGGGAUCAUUCCAAUCCAAGAUGAUGAAGGCUACCUUAGAGAAGUUUGGUGAUUCAAUCGUUGCUAGAAUUCCUGUUGGUCGUAUCGGCAGUCCUGAGGACAUUGCUGGAACGUGCAUCUAUUUGUCAUCUCGUGCCGGUCAGUAUACCACAGGUGCUAUCAUUGCAGUAGAUGGUGGUGCUUUAGUAUCAGCAAAAAUGUAAUUAGCUCUGACAGACCAAUAAUAAAAGUGUUUUUUUUUGUAUUUCUUGAUUGUCUGUUAAUAAGCGUUAUCUUACAAAAACUAAUCAACUGG